AUGCCUUUCGUCAAAAACCAAAAGAACGACGCCUACUUCUCUAGGUACCAAGUCAAACCACGACGAAGGAGAGAGGGUAAGACCGACUACCAAGCCAGAAGAGCUCUCGUUUCUCAGGCUAAGAACAAGUACGCUUCCCCCAAGUACCGACUCGUUGUUCGAAUCACCAACAAGCAAGUCAUCUGUCAAAUCGUUUACGCCAAAAUCCAAGGUGAUGUCGUACUUGUACACGCUUCCUCCAAGGAACUUCCUAAAUACGGUAUUGAACAUGGAUUGACCAACUGGACCGCCUGUUACGCUACCGGAUUAUUGGUUGCCCGAAGAGCUUUGACCAAACUUGGUCUUGCCGACAAAUACGAAGGUGUUGUUGAACCUUCAGGAGAACUUGAACUUACCGAAGCUCUCGGUGAUGAUGAACCAAGACCCUUCAAAGCAUACCUCGAUGUCGGUCUUAGAAGAACUUCAACCGGUGCAAGAGUUUUCGGUGCUAUGAAAGGUGCUUCAGAUGGUGGUAUCUUCAUUCCUCACAACGAAAAGAGAUUCCCAGGUUUCGACCCUGAGACUAAAGCUAUCGACGCUGAAGUCCUCCAACGAUACAUUGUCGGUGGUCACGUAGCUGAAUACAUGGAGUCUCUUGAGGAGGAAGAUGAUGAGCGAUUCAAGAAACAAUUCGCUUCAUACCUUGCCGCCGAUGUCUCCUCUGCCGACAUUGAGGAAAUCUACACUGACGCUUACGCCAAGAUCCGAGAAGACCCAACUUUCACUCCUACCGAGAAAGAUGUUGCCAAAUGGAAGGCCGAGUCAAAGAAGACUCGAUCUUCCAAACUUUCAAAAGAAGAGAGACAAGCUCGAAUCCAAGAGAAGAUCGAAGCUUACAAAGCUGGAAAGGUCGCUGCUGCCGACAGCGAGGAGGAGGACGAAGAGUAA